GAUGCUGUGUGUGUGUAGGAGUGUGUGGUGUGUAAGAUCCUCCCCAGCCUCUGGACCUCUCUUCCUCAUCAAAUCUCCACUCACUUACAAUGAGUUUCCACUCCGAUCACUCACUGGAGUUUCCCUGGAGGUAACUUUUAAAAAGAGCCGCCGGCUGAGAGAUGUCAUUCAAAGAAAGCAGAGCGGCAGCAGAGGAAGAAACAAAGGAAGCUCUCAAUAAGGCAUCUAAUAACUCAACUUGAUUUGAAGUAACAGAAGGAACUCAUUCAGAAAGAUGGAAGGUGAAUGCAAGGUGCUGCUGGAGGUCGACACAGACACCAGGAAACAGAGAACGCCAGUGACACCCGGCUCAAAGAUGACUACGGCCCUGCUCGUGUUCACACUCUGCCUCGCUAGUGCUGCUGCUGCUGUCCUCGUCCUCAACAGGACCAACAAGGGCUCGGGACAAGAUGAAGUCAAUUCCGAUCUUCGCCACACGUUGAGGCAAAUCUCAGGCGGAAAAGCGGCCAUUCAUUUAGAAGGAGAACACAACCCUGCCAGGAAGACCUCAGUGGAAUGGAGGGAUGAGGUGGACCAGUCCCACUCUAAAGGAGAUCUGAAACUCAUCAACAACGAAAUUGUGAUUCCUCGCAAUGGCCUCUACUUUGUUUACAGCCAAGCGUCUUUCCGGGUCAACUGCAGCAGCGGCGAUGCUGAAGACGCUGCGUCACAACCCUUGGUCCACGUGAGCCACACCGUGAAGCGCUGGUCCAGCUCGUUUGCGAUCAACGACGACAUUGAGUCCUACAAGACCAUCCUGCACUCCAUCCGCACCGCCUGCCAAAUGAAAGCCAGCAGCGAUGUGGAUGAGGCGGGGGGCUGGUACUCCACCGUGUACAUGGGAGCUGUGUUCAACCUGGAUGGAGGGGACAAACUCCGGACCGUGAUGGAAGAGAAGAUGCUGCUGAGCCUGGAGGACGAUGAGGGGAAGACGUUCUUUGGUGUGUUUGCCUUGUGAGGACAGGUGGCUGGAGGGCAGCAGGUGAAGAUAUGAGCGGACAUGUAGAAGAAGAGCCGUCAUGGUGGCUUCACUGUCAGGCCCGUAGCCCGCCGCCUCACCUGAACUCACUCACACUGUUGAAUGUGUGAAGGGUUACGCUGCACUAAGCAGUCAAUGCAAAUCUCAGUGUAGAUUUUACACCCAAACUUUAAGCAAGUCAUUUAAAGUUUGCAAGUAAACCAAGCUAUGUUAACUGUAGCAAUGUUUCACCAUAGAUAUCUCUAUGGGUCUGUAAUGUUAUGUACUAUGUACUCGCCUUAGUGUCAGUACCUUUUGCUGUACUGCAAGGCUAAAGCUGUUAUUUGUGCAAAUGUACUACAACUGCUGCAUAUUUAUUGUGUCACUAAAAGCUGACAGAAUUAAUUAUUUAUUUAACGUAACAUUAUUAUAUUUAUUUUAUUUAUGUAUUUAUUUAAUUAUGUGUGUGUAUUUAUUCACAACAAUAUUUGUGCUGGAUUUUAAACAUAAUUUAUUAUUAUAUUAUUAUUAUUUAUUGAAACAGAUCAAUCAGUUUGAUCAGCUGUUUGUCAAUGUCAUCUAUCUGCAAUCGAUCUGCAAAUAAUGCCAUGGUGCCUGUGGUGCUGUAAAAAUGUUUGAAUAAAAAAUAAUUCUUGAAAA